AUGUUCGACGCGGACUACGACGCGGACGAGGACGCCGUCUCGCGCCGGCCGCCGCACGGCCAGCAGCGGCUGUCGUGCGGCACCUGCGGCAGAGUGUGCCGCUGCGCCUGGGAGCUGCGGCGCCACAGUCACGCGCACACGGGCGCGCGGCCCGAACUGUGCCGCGUGUGCGGUCGCGGCUUCGCGCAGCGGCCGUUCGCGUGUGCGACGUGCGGCAAGCGCUUCCGCUGGCGGCGCAACCUCACCUCGCACGCGCUCGUGCACUCGGAUGAGAGCCCGCACGUGUGCGACGUGUGCGGGGCGCGCUUCAGCGGCGGCGGCGUUCUGGCCGCGUACGUGCGCAUCCCCACCGGCGAGAAGCCCCACGCGUGCGACGUUUGCGGUCGCCCGUUCCGUCAUCGAGGCACGCUGAAGGCGCACCCGGCGGAGCGGCCGCCGCGGUUCGCCUGCGUCGUGUGCGACAAGGUGCUCCAGCGCCAGAGAGACUUGGACAAGCACGCGUACGUGCACGAGGACGACGACUUCCGCUGCGGCGUCUGA